AUGGCUAAUGAGAGAUCAAUGGAGGAGGGAAUUCCACCUAAUUCUAGAGAAGAGGAGAAUGGAUCAUCUGCUGAUAACGAUUCAGCUUUGAGAAUCUCUGUACCUUUUCUGCAUAAGAUAACUGCCGAAAUAAUUGGCACUUACUUCAUAGUCUUUGCUGGCUGUGCUUCCGUGAUUGUGAACAAGAGCACUAAUGGAACUGUUACAUAUCCUGGAAUAUGUGUCGUGUGGGGAUUGGCUGUAACAGUAAUGAUUUACUCCGUGGGCCACAUCUCUGGAGCACACUUUAAUCCUGCGGUUACCAUUUCAUUCGCUUCUUGCCGCAGAUUUCGCUGGAAGCAGGUACCAGCAUACAUUGCAGCACAAUUGAUAGGAUCAACCCUGGCAAGUAGCACACUUCGCCUUCUCUUUGGGGGCGGUCAAGAGCUCUUUGCAGGAACAAUUCCAACAGGCUCUAAUAUCCAAUCUCUGAUUCUAGAGUUCAUCAUCUCCUUCUAUCUCAUGUUUGUAAUUUGUGGUGUUGCCACUGAUGAUAGAGCCGUUGGUGAGCUUGCGGGAAUUGCUGUUGGAGCCACUAUACUGUUGAAUGUUGGCUUUGCUGGUGCAAUAUCAGGAGCAUCAAUGAACCCAGCUAGGAGUCUAGGACCAGCAAUUAUCAUGAAUCGCUAUGAAUCAAUAUGGGUUUAUAUGAUCGGUCCAACUUGUGGGAUGAUUGUCGGAGCAUGGGCUUAUAAUCUAGUCCGUUUUACUAAAAAUUCAACUGGUCAAUUACCAAAGAGCGGCUCCUUUCUCAGAAGGAUCAACAAUAAUGACUCAAAGUAA